AUCGAAAGAACAAGAAUCGAGCGCAAAGAAAUCAAUUGGUUUACAUUAGCUCGUGCAAAAGUUAUCGGAUAUUAGGUAUUGGAUAUUGGACAUUGAGAGGCCGGCAAUUAUUUGUUUCUAGGCUGCAUAGAGAAACGCCACUUGGAAUUUGGAAUCAGUAUGAUUCUCAAAUCAGCACAAUCAUCUUGUUCCUUGUAUAAAGACAGAGAAACAGCAAUAAAAAUGUUAAUGCGCCAUUACUUACAAAGUAAAUGGUAUCAACCGUGAGAAAUACUGAACUAAACAUAGUGAACACUUAGACAUGUGAACAGAUGCACACAGGCUAGUAGUUGAAAGGCUUGCUGUACUACUAUUUAUGUCAACGUAUACAAACAACUACGGACGCACAUUUGAUUAGAAAUGCUUCAAAGUUUCUAAUCAGGAGAAAUCAAAAAAAUACUACACAAUUUGUAGACAUCUGGUAUUCAGUUCAUUCAGCAAUCAACAGAUGUGUUGAUGUAAGCUCGAUUCAUCUAUCCAUGCCGAAGGGGUCAGCCAACCACUUGGUCAUAGGUAAACUGAACAAAACUAAGAGGAGAAAAUAAACGCAUAAAAAUUAUGGAAACCAUGAAGACAGCCGGUCGCAGACAAGAUCAUUGGAACAUUGACAUAAUACUUGUGGUGUAAUCACAAUGCUCACUUCUAUUCGAAACAAUGGCAGCAAGUAAAGUCUAUUCAAGACGAAACAGACCUGGAACUAAGGCAGAGGAGUGGUGUAAUUGGCCUGAUGAACCGUUUGAAGAUAUGGAAAGUACACUAGCUGUUCAACAGUUUAUACAACAAACAAUAAGACGUGAUUUUAAUAAUGUAGAUGAGAUUUUAACUGCGCCAGAAGGUCAAGAUGAAGUGGUUUGGAAGUAUGAACAUUUAAGACAAUUCUGUAUGGAACUAAACGGAUUGGCUGUUCGUUUACAAGAGCAAUGUACCCCUAAAACAUGUUCUCAGAUGACUGCUACUGAACAAUGGAUAUUUUUAUGUGCAGCACAUAAAACUCCUAAAGAGUGUCCAGCUGUUGAUUAUACACGACAUACACUUGAUGGAGCUGCAUGUCUAUUGAAUAGCAGUAAAUACUUUCCUAGUCGAGUAAGCAUUAAGGUUACAUCAGUCAAUCGUCUUGAUUCUGUUUGCCGUCGAGUUUAUAGAAUAUUCUCUCAUGCUUAUUAUCAUCAUCGAGAGAUAUUUGAUUCUUUUGAAGAAUCAACUGCAUUAUGUCGAAGAUUUACUACAUUUGUGUUAAAAUAUAAUCUUAUGAGUAAAGAUAACCUGAUUGUGCCCAUUGCCGGUGCUGUAGAUGGAGCUGGUGUAAUUGAAGCACAAAUAUAAGCAAGGCUUUAUCAUGCUUAUUAUAAUGUUUAAUUUACGUUAUUAUUAUUAUUAUUAUUAUUUUUUCCUGAAAUCUAUGCUUAACUUUUCCUUUAAUUAUUUAUGAGAAAAAAAAAUUAUUGAACUGUAUGUAUUUUACUGUGGCAUUCAUAAAUAAAUAAAUAAUAAUAGGCACUUUUUUUUGCUUUGUACAAAGUUCGUUAGUCAUGUUGCGCAUUAUUCUGUUAAAUAAAAAUUCAUUUCAAUAAAUCAAGUUUUAUUUGUA